UGACGUCUCUCUCCAAAUGAUGUUUUGUUUCAGGUGACAGGGAGGGACCCGGUCCACACACCUUCGGACAGCUCGGCGUACUUCCUCCAUCAACCGCUGUGAUAUAUAAACCGAGCGCGUCCAACUGCAGCCGGAGUCCUCCUAUAGUUUGGAAGGAGCUACUGGCAAGUCUAGUACUGCUGGAAGGACGCGUCUCUCUGUCUCUCUCUGUCUCUCUCUUAUCCACUAUUCUAACUGGGACUUUGGAAGAGUGUCGCCUGGCAACACAGACACAAGAUACAGCCGCAAAGUAGAAGAUUAAAUCAAGACUAGGGAUAGCCUACAUCCCGUCGCAUAUUUUAAAGAAGCAAAUAUGAAUUCUCAGCACUUUGCCAUGGACUUUCUGCUGUUGUGCAUAUCCUUCGGAGCAAGUGUAUUGGCAGCCAACUCUCCCACCGUGUCCUCGACGUUGCCAGACACCAAUUUCACCGAUCUUGGCGCAGCGUUCAGCUAUGGAGAAGCAGACAGCGAGAAUAUUCCACUGACCAGGAGGAAGCGUUAUAUUUCACAAAACGACAUGCUUGCCAUUCUUGAUUACCACAAUAAAGUAAGAGGGAAAGUUUUCCCUCCGGCGUCCAAUAUGGAGUACAUGUCGUGGGACGAGACCCUGUCUAAGUCAGCUGAGGACUGGGCCCACGCGUGUCUGUGGGAGCACGGACCUCGACACCUGCUCAGGUUCCUGGGCCAGAACCUCUCUGUCAGGACUGGACGCUACCGCUCUAUUCUCCAGCUAGUGAAGCCCUGGUAUGAUGAAGUGAAGGACUAUGUGUUCCCUUACCCCCAGGACUGCAACCCCAGGUGCCCCCUGAAAUGCUACGGACCCAUGUGUACACAUUAUACACAGAUGGUUUGGGCCACAACAAACAAAGUCGGCUGUGCUGUACACACAUGUCACAAUAUGAACGUGUGGGGGAACGUGUGGAAACGGACAACAUACUUAGUGUGCAACUAUUCAUCCAAGGGGAACUGGAUCGGAGAGGCACCCUACAAAGUAGGCGUCCCGUGCUCCGCUUGUCCCCCGAGCUACGGAGGCUCCUGUUCCAACAACAUGUGCUUCCCAGCCCUCAACACAAACUAUCUGCAGUGGUUCAAAUAGAGUCUCUGACCAGGCUGCGUCCCAAAUCACAGCCUAUUCUCUAUGUAGCCCUAUGGGCCAUGGUCUAAAGUAGUGCACUACAUAGGGGAUAGGGGGCCAGCCCUGGUCUAAAGUAGUGCACUACAUAGGGGAUAGGGGGCCAGCCCUGGUCUAAAGUAGUGCACUACAUAGGGGAUAGGGUGCCAGCCCUGGUCUAAAGUAGUGCACUACAUAGGGAAUAGGGGGCCAUUUGGGACGAAGACUAACACCAAGCUAACAUCUUGACCCCCCCGACCCCAAACACAGAGACUUUCCCCCCUGAAGGAUUUGUACAACAGUCCUGAAAACAUGCUAUUUUUGUAUAUAUAUGGGCUUAUUUACGUUGGAAGGCAGCACAUUUGUUUUUAUAUAAUUAUGUGUACAUAGAAUGUAUAUUAAUGUUUUACGUUGUAACUAGAACUUGUGUUUUUAUAUGAUUAUCCUAUGAUGAAUUGGAUUGAUUGAUUGAUUGAUUGAUAGGAAGAUCAUUUAUCUUGGGAACGCUGUUUAAUAACAGAUAUGGUGCAGAUACUGUUUCAGUAUUACAGGAUUAUCAUAGGAAGUGGAUACUCAUGGACACACCGCCUCACAAUGGUCCAAUGGAAACAACUGGAGACACCUUGUCAUUUCUGGAGACAGGUUAGCGCUAGCAACUACAACAAAAAAGUGAUUGCUAACUAACUGUAAACAAUUUUAGCUGGCUAGCUGACUAUCUUGGCUAACUUGUGGAGCAAAACAAUUCACUUAUUUAUCAUUAAUUAGCCACUGUAAAUAUAUUUGCUAGAAAAUGCUACGCCGUCUCCUAACCUGCAAGGUGUGUCCAGGGAUGUUUACGUUUGGUAGUUUUAUGACACCACCACAUCCAGGCGUAGUAUGUGGUUCAGAUGCAUUUUGACGUCUCAGUUAAAGACAAAGUAACACAGUGCUGGCUGCUAAUUUCAAAUCAAUUAAAUGGUGCUGAACACACAGAGCACUAUUCAGCUCUCAAUGGUGCUGAACACACAGAGCACUAUUCAGCUCUCAAUGGUGCUGAACACACAGAGCACUAUUCAGCUCUCAAUGGUGCUGAACACACAGAGCACUAUUCAGCUCUCAAUGGUGCUGAACACACAGAGCACUAUUCAGCUCUCAAUGGUGCUAAACACACAGAGCACUAUUCAGCUCUCAAUGGUGCUGAACACACAGAGCACUAUUCAGCUCUCAAUGGUGCUGAACACACAGAGCACUAUUCAGCUCUCAAUGGUGCUGAACACACAGAGCACUAUUCAGCUCUCAAUGGUGCUAAACACACAGAGCACUAUUCAGCUCUCAGUGGUGCUAAACACACAGAGCACUAUUCAGCUCUCAAUGGUGCUAAACACACAGAGCAUUAUUCAGCCCUCAAUUGUGCUAAACACACAGAGCACUAUUCAGCUCUCAAUGGUGCUAAAGACAGAGCACUAUUCAGCUCUCAAUGGUGCUAAACACACAGAGCAUUAUUCAGCCCUCAAUUGUGCUAAACACACAGAGCACUAUUCAGCUCUCAAUGGUGCUAAACACACAGAGCACUAUUCAGCUCUCAAUGAAGCUAAACACACAGAGCACUAUUCAGCUCUCAAUGGUGCUAAACACACAGAGCACUAUUCAGCUCUCAAUGGUGCUAAACACACAGAGCACUAUUCAGCUCUCAAUGGUGCUAAACACACAGAGCACUAUUCAGCUCUCAAUGGUGCUAAACACACAGAGCACUAUUCAGCUCUCAAUGGUGCUAAACACACAGAGCACUAUUCAGCUCUCAAUGGUGCUAAACACAGAGCACUAUUCAGCCCUCAAUGGUGCUAAACACACCGAGCACUAUUCAGCUCUCAAUGGUGCUAAACACACAGAGCACUAUACAUUCCACACAUCAUUCUCUAGCAUGUUAUACAGUAGGUUCAAUGAAGUGUGUACACCACGACAGAUUGGACUACCAAUGUGUUUGGGCGUAUGGCAUGAUACUGUUGGCAUACUGUGUUCUGUAGACAUCUUCAUGUCUUCCUUAAUAAGUGUUUACCAACUGUAUGUACAUAGAUAAACCCUCACACUCUGACUAUUAAUAUCCUUAUACUACAUUCAUACUGAAAGUUAUUCUUUGUUUUAUACGACAUAAGUAUUUCAUUGAAGGAGUUCUUUUUUUUGUUGUAAAAAUGAACUGUAAAUAAAUAUGUAAAGGAAU